GGGAGGGGGCGGGGCCUCCUCACGCGAGCCGCUCCUCCGACUCUCCGUAGUGACAGUUCCGGUCCCGUCACAGGAUUCCAAUUCAUGCACGACCUCAAGGGCUGUCCCCCACGCCCACCAUGAAUCCUCGUGCACAGCAGACACCCCCAAGAUGGGGGCCCCGGGCCCCAGGACUCAGAAGGACGCUACCAGGACUUUCCAAAAGUGGCUGUGGGCCCUUCCGAUCCCCGUGCCCAUCUCCCAAGUCUGGUCAGACUUAUGAGAUCAGCCAAGAGUCUCUGCACCUUGACAUUGAGAAAUUGAAGGAGAAGCAGGACAUGCUGAAUCAGGAGAUCUCCCUAUUCAUAUCUGAAGGCUACAGUGUGGAUGAACUGGAUGACCACAUCAACCAGCUCCACGAGUAUAAUGACAUUAAGGAUGUAGGACAGAUGCUGCUGGGCAAACUAGCUGUCAUCAGAGGCGUGACCACCAAAGACUUGUAUGCAGAAUUUGACCUGGACAUGAGUGACUGAGCACAGGCUCACAGCCCCUCCUGUGACCCAAGACAAGUGGAUGUGAACUUGAAAAGCAGUGAGGACACAUCCAAAUUGGCACGAUUUCCAGUGAGAAAGUGAUGGGGGAGAGGGGACAGAGAGGAAGUGGUGUUGCCAGCUGUGUAUUACUGAAAUGUUCAGAGAUGCCUGGUAUAUGUAUAUAUAUGACUGAAGUGAGUAUGUGAUAUAUGUGUAUAUGUGUCCUGUUUAUAAAUAAACAUAUAAGCCAUCUGUUUCAUUAUAAA